AUGGCUACAAACACGACAUUUGCGCACAUGUACCGUCAGGUCCCGGAGGAAGACGAAAUUAUUCGGGACUGUUCCUCGUUUCCACAUCCUGCAACCGCUUCGGCACCCGGUUGUGCCACCGAAGCCAAGGGAUCCUUCGCUUUAUCAAAACACCCAACCGAUCGCAUCGAUGGGAGCUCUAGGGGAACAAUUACGAGAGAAUUUUGCCAUUUGGGUUGGUGGUGGGAGAUCAGCUCAAUGAUACUUGGCGUCUGCUGCACAACGUUGAUCGCCGCGAUUCUCUUUUUCUUGGAUGGGAAGCCCUUAACGCGAUGGGGGCUCCCCAUCCAGCCGAACUCCUUGGUCGCUAUCUUCUCCACUAUCGCGAAGGCGGCGCUGGUCUAUCCCCUGGCUGAGUGUCUUGGUCAGCUCAAAUGGCACCAGUUCGAGCAACGACAAGCGUUGACUCGCAUGGAAGAGUUUGAUAGGGCAAGCAGAGGACCUUGGGGAGCUACUCAGUUCUUGUUCAAGAGUAGGGGUACCGCUCUGCUGGCUUCUUUUGGUGCCGCGAUCAUAAUCCUCAUGCUCGGACUGGAACCUUUUACACAGCAAAUUCUCGGCUUUUCAACACGCUUCGGUCCCCUAUCUAAUAUCACUGGUUCGACGACCAGGACUGAUUCGUUUGUCAAUACGGCACUACUGGACAAUUCCACCGCAGAUAAGGCCUAUAUGACGUACACUGAUUAUCCGUUAACAAUGGGUAUUCUGGGUGUCGUCGCCCAAGCUGAUCAGUUAUUGACACCAUCGGCGAACGCAUACUGCCCGACUACAGAGUGUCGCUUCCCGGAAAUCACUUCUUUGGCAGCCUGCGCGAAGUGCGAAAGUGAGCCUGUCCAAGCAACGAGUUUUAAUUGCAGUGGAGAGUACAUAACCAGGAACGGCACAUCCAAUUACCAGGAUUCGCAUCCUUUCAGUACUUAUAGCGACUUCAGGAGCACCAUUCGGGAUUAUCUGGAUAAAGCACUGGUCGAAGUCAAGAUGCAAUGUAUCAAACAAACCGAAGGUUUCCCUCCGUUCCCAAUAAACAUAUCUUUAGAAUUUAGAGAUGUCAUCCUAGAAGAAAUAUCCGGACACAUUACUAUCAGAAACGGACUAGAAGAGGCAUCAUUGCUCCACCGAAUUUCUAGCUCAGACAUAGGCCAGGAACGAAAUGCGACAUCAAACCAAGACGGGGGAUAUGCGGGGAGUUAUCUGAGGGCUUGCGCGAAUCCUGGCGACGAAUUCUCUAUAGAUUACUAUGCUGAUCAGUACGAUGAAACCGAUCCGUACCCUGAUCCGGCCAGAAUCGCAUCAUUCACCUGCUUUAAUUCGACGACGGACCUGAUGUUGUACAACAAUCUGGACCAUAUAGGCCAGAUAAACGGCACGAUAUCACGAUGCAGCAUUGACCUCUGCGCUCGAAGUAGCAAAAAAAGCCUUCUCCGCAACGGCGCCAUGGAGACUCAGUGGGGCGAUGACGUGCAACUAAAGUCUCUGUCCAAAUGGGAUCCUUCGUCUUCCGACAAGAUCAUUACUUUGGUUGACCGAGACCAAGACCCCGAAUUCGCAGAUCGCUUCUACAUUGGCGAUUUGGAUCGUUCAACGUUGCAGUACUCGCUUACAGAGACAACCUCGAAUUCGUACAGCUGGCUCCUAUACAGCCUGGGUUUUCUCCAAAACACGAACGGCAACUUCACUCAGCUCUUCCACGGCAUCGCAGACGCCAUCUCGACAGUCAUCCAAAGCCCCCACAAUCCGAACGUCACGAACAUCACCGCCGUUGCAUACGGCCCAGAAGUAUUCGUGCAAGUUCGAUGGGCGUGGUUCGUGAUGCCACUAGCCCUAGUCUUCGCGUCGAUCUCAUUCCUAGUCGCGACCAUCCUACAGAGUAGAUGCCGGUCCUAUCUCUUCAAAACCUCGCUUCUCCCAAUGCUGUUCUACGGGGUCGAAGGUCCUGUAGCCGUGGAGGAGAAAAACAAGUUGCAUGCUAAAGAGAGGGUGACAUAUGAGGACAUGAUGAAAGUCGCCGGAGGAAUUGGUGUGAGGUUCGAGAGAGAUGACAAGCAAAAUUUCAAGCUGAAGAGGGAGUAA